CUUGUAAAACAAAUUAUUUAAAAAACUUGAAAAAAUCAUAAAAUUAUAUUGGUUACGUGAACGUAUUCGCUUAAUACGUACCAUUUUGAAGAGAAAGUGUGAUUCACAUUAUUUAUCAAAAGUUAAAUUUUGUAAAACACCCGGUAUAUAUAAUUAUCGCAUGACGGUAAACACGUGGCCAAGAUAUGGGAAAGAAUGGCCAGGUCGCGCCAUAGAUGAAGUUUUCCUUGUAAACUACAACAUGGCCGUGUGACUUCUAAAUUGUGGAACUCAAUGUUUCCAUGGCACACAAGUCUUGACCACGGGCUCGUUGAUCGGGAUUGUCGAUCAACUGCUAGUUGAGUAGUAUAACUAACAAGUUUUAUCUAUUGGUUUUGAUUUGUUAUAUAUUCGCAUAAAGUGCCGUAGCAUCUCAAUUAUUAGAAUUGUACUCGAAAACAAAGAAUGGCUCAUUCUGAUAGUGGUGCUUCUGGUUCUUCAGACUGCCAGAUUUCUUAUAAACAGGAAUACGAUUCUGAUUUAGCACUUUUUACAGAAAUAGAUGAUCCUACAAAAUUAUGGUUGAAUUCACUUCAUUACAUCUGGGGACUGUGGAAAAAAAGUGAUGGAAUCACAAAAACAUUAACGGAUUACUUUGACUCAGCACCUAAUCCUUAUUUGAGCACUCUUAGAAUCGUAGUGAAUACUUCAGAUUUCAAUCAUGUGAAAACUAAAGCUUCUCUAGCUUUCACAGUAAUGGAGGAGUUUUGCAAAUGGAUAUCCGUACGAAGAGACAUAUACACAGAAUGUUUAGUUCCCGAUUUAAAAGUAGUGGCAUUCAAAUUAGUUAGCAGACAAAAGAAUAUGCAGCUAUUAAAAGUUGUCUGUGAUGCUUAUCAAGUUGUUGAGCAUAAAGAGUUAAUUCUUUCCAUAGUACAGGAUGUGGUUAAAGAGAAAAAGUUCAAAGAAGCUGCACAAUAUGCAGCCAUGUUACAUCUCCAGUCAUAUUUUGCUGAUCCCGAGACGAUUCUUAUGGCAUUAGUUUUACAAUGUAAAGUAACUGUGGUGGAGGAUUUUCUUGCUGGCUGUCCAGACAUACAAAGAGCUUUGGUAAUGUACUUGGACAACUUAAUAGCUCCUGGAAAGAACAUGCAAAACAUGUUAGAACGAUAUAUCUGCUCUCAUGACAUAACUGGUGUAAAAAUGUCAACGAUACAAGUCCGCCCAAUGACUAAACUAGUUGCUCGCCUAACAAAAAUAUACAAUCUUCCACCAGAUGUAUGUCCAAAUCUAAAUCAAAGGCGAGGCGAAGGUGCUCUACAGUUUCUCGUACAUAAACGAUUUAUAGAUGGUACUCUCAGCGGUGAAAGUUGGAGAGAAAUGGUCAGAGAAGCCGUCGGGACGGACGAAAAAUUACAAUUAGAAUUAGUGAAACAAGUGACACACAUGGGCGACUUGGAGGAAGCGUUGUACUGGGCGAAAACUUAUAAUAUACCUAAGCAAGAGUGGCCUUGGUCUCUCUCAGACAUGGAGGAACAGAAUCUCGGCCAUGAUGAUAUGGCAGCUAGUAAUAACACUGAAGAGAAUUGGGAUAUUCAAGAGGAAUCGCAAUAUCACGUUUUAAGUCUACCACGAGACUGUAUCAAGUUAGUAGACAAUCCAAAAGCGUUUGAAGAAUUUUUGGAUGAGGGUUUAAGAGGUGUGACUACGGUGGGGAUAGACUCUGAAUGGAAGCCUAGUUUUGGUACAAAGCGAACAGAACUUGCCCUAAUACAAAUAGCUACAGAGUCCGAUAUUUUCAUUUUGGAUGUAACCACUAUGGGCAAUAAUUUUACGGAGAUGUGGACAGAACUCGGAUUAGUUUUGUUCGAAAAUAAAAGUAUUGUGAAACUUGGCUUUGGUCUAGCACAUGAUGUGGCAAUGAUGCGAGAGAGUCUACCGGCUUUGUCUAAUGUAAGGGCAUGUGGCCAAGGUUAUCUGGAUCUGUUACACCUGUGGCGGAAACUAGUCCAGGAAUAUAAUUUUCAAUUCCCGUACAAAGGUGACGAGACAUUUACGAAUGAGAGUCUCAGUAAACUCGUAGAAUUGUGUGUCGGUCACAGGCUCGAUAAAUCUGAUCAGUUUUCCAAUUGGGAACGCAGACCCUUGAGGGAGAGCCAAAUUACGUACGCUGCUUUAGACGCAUAUUGCCUGUUAGAAGUAUUUGCUGCUCUUGGAACCCAAGCAGAACGAAAAGGCGUACCGUUUCAGGAAAUCUGUGCCGAAGUGCAACACAUCGCUCACAAAUCUCCAAAGAAACAGUCAAAAAAGUCAUCAGGGCACAUGUCCGCUGCUGGAAGUUCUCAUACAUCUGGAGACGGUGUUGAGUUCGUUAAUGAAACUCGUAAUCGCAGAAGGUCAGAUCAUCGUUCCACUGCCAUACCAGCUCACGAAUGGCACGUUGUCUGUGAUUCUAUGCUAGGCGGGUUGGCAAGACAAUUACGUAUGUGUGGCUGUGAUUGCAUUUAUGUAGAAUAUGAUCGAGGAGGAGAUCAAUCUGCUAGGUUAGCAAUGCAGGAGGACAGAGUUCUCCUAACUCGUGGUGGAGCAUACCAUAGAUUUGUACAAUAUGUUCCCCCUGGCAAUUGCUACAGGGUCUGUUCGGAUAGACCAGAAAAUCAAUUAAAAGAGGUUUUAAGUCGCUUCAACAUUUUGGUUACCCGAAGGGACAUCUUUAGUCGCUGCCAAAUAUGCAACCACGACGAGUUUGUUCAAGUUUCAAAAAACAGGAUGAAUGAGCUCAAUAGAAAUAACUCAAGGACCUUCCAAAGCAAGUUUUAUCGCGUACCAGGUAAUUCAUCAAUGAACAUGAAUACGAACGUGAGCACGAACAUGAACAUGAAUAUGAAUUACUGCAGUCCUUCGGUAUACGAGGUGGUAACUGAUUACGAGCAGAUUCCUAAUGAUGACUUUAGACCCCUCAAAACGAAUCCAAUACGCUACAAUAACGAUCGUACCUGGCAUCUCAGUAUCGAUACAAUAGACGUGGUAAACUGUACCACAAAAUAUGGAGUCCGAGUACAAAUUGACCGAGUGCCAAUAAAUGUACUGAGAAACGUUCAACGUUUCUACGUUUGUGAGUAUUGCGGUAAAGUAUACUGGGACGGUUCCCACAUGGAAAGAGCACUCAGCGUCGUUCUCAGAGACGUUAUUGUUCGCGAAUGAUUUACGGAUAACGUUUUUCCUUUUUUUUUUAAUCAUAUCGAAAUACAGGAAGUGUUUAAACAGGUCUGUCGCAAGGCACGAUUGGACCUAAACACCAAUUCGUUUUAUUUAACGUGCCGAAGACGAUUUAUACGUUCCUGAAGUAUGUAUUACAUUUUUUAAAAAGGUACAUUAAAGAGGAUGGAAUGUUGAAAAUAAUUUAUGAACUCAUUACAAUGUUUACCAUGAUUUAAAGAAAUACUGUGCUCUUUACUGUACUAGUAGUGCAAUUCAUGUCAUAUCGCAUUGCUGCCCGAUUAGGGAAAAUAAUAAAAACGGGAUAUCGAUUAUUUCUACCAAGCUUCUUUAUUUUGUUUAUUGUGAUCCGCAAAAGAGAGAUGAAUACGCAUCUUCUUGAUUGUUUGUAGUUCCAAUUUUCUUUUCUUUCUUUUCCCUGCAAGUCAUGACACAACGUCAUAGAUGUGUGUAGGAGAAAAGCAUGAUUGAUUCUAGAAAAGACUCAUAAGCAAUCACAUUUUUAAAGUGAAAAAAGCGGUCAAUGAAGUUCUUGUUAAUGCCCCAUAGAUAUCAGUGAGUAUUUUAAUAUUUGUUGCUGAUGUGAGAAUAGCUUUGGUAUUUUAGAAUAUAUGCUAAGUAUGUAUAGAAGCAGGGUUACUCGAUGUAUUAAUUUUCGAACAUUAAGUUUUGUACGGUUUAUGGUCUAACCAAAUCCCACAUAUGUUUAUGAGAAGAGACCUGCGUUUAGAGUACAAGAUCACGUUACUUUGAUUUUUAAUGAAAUAUAUUUUAGUUACUCGAGUAAUAUAUAUGUAUAUAUACAUAUAUAUAUAUAUAUAUAUAUAUAUUAUAUAUAUGCAAUUGUAUCGAAAUUCAAUUCGGACACUUCGAUAGAGCGAUCUCGUAUCGAGGCACGGGAUAAUCGAAACGUACCGUUUGAAAUUUGUAGAAUCGCAAUAAUGAAUAUUACUUUUUAAUUAAGAUAUAAGGUCAAGAGAUUUUUUAUUCUCGCUGUUUUCGUAUAGCGAUAAAGGCAUGAGAAAAAAUUUCGUGUAUACUGUCUUCAACUAGAGAUUCUUAAGAUGUCUGUUUUCAUCCAAAUAAAACUUCAAUUCUUCCA